AUGGCAACAACCCAAGACGAAAAGGUGGACGCCAAAGUCCGCAAAGGCCUGGCAGGGACUUCGUUCGAGCCUUCGAGCCUCCAGCGGCUGUCAGGUGGGUUGGUGAAUUGGGGAUACCAAGCCGCCUUGUUGGUGCCUCUCGACGAUGGCACAUCCGAGGUAUUCCUUAAACAUGGAGAGACGUUUCUGGCCAAAAUUCCGGAUUUUGAGGUUGGCCUGUUGCGCUGCCGCAUGGAGGCUCAAGCUUUGCGACAUCUAACUGAGUUUCCAUUCGCCGGCCAGACUGACCACGCCGAUUCGCAUAGAUUUAUCGUACUAACACCAAAAUUGUUGUAUUUCGACGAAGCGAACACCACGCAGAUUCACGGAUAUAUACCAAACAGUACCACUCUUCAGGCGUACAUUCUUCAGCACUACUCUGCACCCACGAACAAAUCGCAGGAAAUCGAAUGUCGUCAAAUGGGGAAAGCCAUAGGCAGGUGGAUGAAUGAGUUCGUCAAAUAUACUGCCUCUCAGCCUGAGAUAAAGCAAUGUGCUGUGGAUAACAGAGAUGCGCAACCGAUUCGACACCAGUUCAGCUAUGGGUGGCUCCACGAUCGCAUUGAGGAGUACCCAAGGAUCUUAUCCGAGACCAAAGAGAUCCUUGAACACGUCUUAAGGAUGGCGACCGAGGAGUUGGAGGACGAGAGCAGGCUCCAGGUGGUACAUGGCGAUCUUGCCCCAGCCAACAUCGUCCUUUCGGAUCGGCCGCUCGAAGAGCAUCGUGAAACGAGAAUUUUUGUCGUCGACUGGGAAGUCAUUCAUAUGGGAGGGCGACACUUCGAUUUCGGCCAGAUGGCUGUGGAGCUGUAUCUCUUGUGGCUGCGCAAAGGCAUCACGGCCGGGCUUUGGAUUUUGGAGGGCCUCAUUACCGCAUUUCAUGGUCUCGACGAGGACCUGGCUUUCCGUGUAGCGAUUCACAUGGGCUCUUAUCUGAUCUGCAUGGCCCCAUUGACACCUGAAUGGGGAACGCCCGAGCAGAUUGAGGAUCUCGUUCGUGCUGGGAGAGACAUUCUUUUCCACGCGUGGAACAAAGACGGAGUUUGGUUCGGCAAUAGCGAAUUGGCAUGCUUGUUCACUUGUGUGCCAUCAUCAAAACAGUAG